AUGUCACAGGCUGACGCAUCGCUCUACCUCUUCUCUCUUCUCCUUCUGCUGUCCCCAUCUCUCUCCCUCAUUCCACAGCCCGCCUCGUUCAGCAUCUCUCCUCAGUACUACCGUCUGCCCUUUGUGGUGGAUGUUCAGCACAAUGCACCCUACUGCUUCACUCUUCACGCUUCCAUCAAACGCCUCCUUGAGAGUUUCAACUUAAGACAUCUGGUUCGGGAUUUACCCUCGUCUUUUGCAGGAAAUAUAACAUGUCUACAAAUUAAUGUCGCCUCAGAAUGCAACGAAUUGACGGGUGUUCUCUACCCAAACGAGGACUCAAAGGAGGAUUGCAAGUUUGCAAUGAAGAUAUAUCAGGUCGUCAUCUUCGGCGGUGUGAUUAUGAUUAAUGCAUCGGAGGUGUGGGGCGCUAUGCAUGGAUUAACCUCGGUGGCUCAACUGGUCAUGUCCACAAGUGUGAAUGAAAAAUACUUGCCCAAUGUGAGAAUAUUUGACAAACCUCGAUGGCCAUUCCGCAGUUUCCUCAUUGACACCUCGCGGCACUUCAUUCCAUUGCAAUAUAUUCUUCAGUUUCUGAAAGCCAUGUCAACUGUUAAAAUGAACGUUUUACACUGGCACAUCGUUGAUGAUCAAUCCUUUCCCUAUGAGUCCUACACCUUUCCCAAGCUCUCUGACAAGGGCGCGUAUUCCCGAAAUCGUGCCACCUAUACCCAACAGGAUGUGCAGAUUAUCAUAGAAUAUGCAAGGUCCCUGGGCAUCCGUGUGCUGCCAGAGUUCGACACUCCAGGCCACACAAGGUCGUGGGGCUACGGGUAUCCCACGCUAUUGACGCCUUGCUCUUUCGGCAGAGGGUCGACUGGAAGUUACGGUCCACUCAACCCAAUUAAGAGUACAACCUACGACUUUGUGGCACAGCUCAUUGGAGAGGUUGUCAAGACCUUCCCGGAUAAAGCAAUUCAUCUGGGAGGCGACGAGGUGGAUUUCACAUGCUGGAAGUCAAAUCCGGAGAUUCGUGACUUCAUGACGAAGAUGGGCUUCAACUCCAGUUACACAAAACUUGAGAACUACUAUUUCGUCAAUCUGUUCAGAAAAAUCAAAGAAGUCACUAAUAAAACUAUGAAGACUUACGUGUGGCAAGAGGUCUUUGACGAUGGUCUAAACAACUCUACAAUUGUCCACGUCUGGAAGAACGGAUGGAAAACGGAAUUGGAUAUGAUAACGAGAGCGGGAAAAGAGGUCAUUUUCUCGGCUUGUUGGUACCUAAGCAGUAUCAGAUAUGGCGAGGAUUGGAUCGAACACUAUCAGUGCGAUCCGGCAAGCUUUACGAAUGACGCUAAACAACUUGCUCUGCUCAAAGGAGGUGGAGCUGCAAUGUGGGGAGAGUAUGUCGAUCACACAAAUCUCAUUUCCAGAUCCUGGUGA